GCCGUGCCGGCAGCCAUGGACUCACGGGUGUCGGAGCUGUUCGGGGGCUGCUGCCGGCCGGCGGGCGGCGGGGCUGGCGGGGCGCUCCGCGGGCGAGGGGGGGCCGCGCCCGGCGGCGGCGGCUCCAAGGCGAAGAAGAAGAACGGGCGGAGUCGUGGGGGAAAGGCCAACAACCCGCCGUACCUGCCGCCUGAGGCAGAAGAUGGAAACAUUGAGUACAAGCUGAAGCUGGUGAAUCCCUCGCAGUAUCGCUUUGAGCACCUGGUGACACAGAUGAAGUGGCGACUGCAGGAAGGCCGAGGUGAGGCCGUCUAUCAGAUCGGCGUGGAGGACAAUGGGCUGCUGGUGGGCCUCUCAGAGGAGGAGAUGCGUGCCUCGCUCAAGACACUGCGCCGCAUGGCAGAGAAGGUUGGGGCUGAUAUUACGGUGCUGCGGGAGAGGGAGGUUGAUUACGACAGUGACGUUCCCAGGAAGAUAACGGAGGUGCUUGUCCGAAAGGUGCCUGACAACCAGCAGUUCUUAGACCUGCGAGUAGCUGUGCUGGGGAAUGUGGACUCGGGGAAGUCAACCCUGUUGGGUGUCCUGACACAGGGAGAGCUGGACAACGGGAGGGGCAGAGCACGCCUGAACCUCUUCCGGCAUCUUCAUGAAAUCCAGUCAGGGAGAACGUCGAGCAUCAGCUUUGAGAUCCUUGGCUUCAACAGCAAAGGAGAGGUGGUAAAUUACAGUGACUCCCGAACAGCAGAAGAGAUUUGUGAGAGUUCUUCCAAAAUGAUCACUUUUAUUGACCUGGCUGGCCACCACAAGUACCUGAAAACAACCAUCUUUGGCCUCACCAGCUACUGCCCGGACUUUGCUAUGCUGGUGGUUAGCGCCAACACUGGCAUUGCGGGCACAACACGAGAGCACUUGGGCCUGGCCAUGGCCCUCAAGGUCCCCUUCUUCAUUGUCAUCAGCAAAGUUGAUUUGUGUUCAAAAGCCACCGUGGAACGGACAGUGAAGCAGCUGGAGCGAAUCCUGAAACAGCCAGGCUGCAACAAGCUCCCCCUGCUCGUGAACUCAGAUGAUGAUGCUGUUACAGCAGCACAGCAGUUUGCACAGUCUCCCAACAUCACCCCCAUCUUCACACUGUCCAGUGUUUCUGGGGAGAACCUGGAUCUCUUAAAAGUCUUCCUCAACAUCCUGCCUCCACUGACCAACAGUAAAGAGCAGGAAGAACUAAUGCAGCAACUAACAGAGUUUCAGGUUGAUGAAAUUUACACUGUGCCAGAAGUGGGGACUGUGGUAGGAGGAACUCUGUCGAGUGGGAUCUGCCGAGAAGGGGAGAACCUGGUGGUUGGUCCCACUGACGACGGGAAAUUCCUCCGGUUGAAAGUGUGCAGUAUCCAACGCAACCGCUCAGCCUGCCGUGUGCUGCGGGCUGGGCAGGCAGCCACCCUGGCCCUUGGGCCCUUCGACCGCUCCCUGCUGCGCAAGGGCAUGGUCAUGGUGAGCCCAGAAAUGAACCCUACUAUCUGCUCAGUGUUUGAAGCUGAGAUCGUGCUGUUGUUCCACGCCACGACUUUCCGGAAGGGGUUUCAGGUGACAGUGCACGUGGGGAACGUGCGACAGACUGCUAUUGUAGAGAAGAUCCACGGAAAGGACAAGCUGCGGACAGGAGAAAAGGCAGUCGUCCGGUUCAGAUUCAUCAAGCAUCCAGAAUACUUGAAGAUUGGAGCCAAGCUGCUUUUCCGUGAAGGAGUCACCAAAGGCAUUGGGCAUGUCACUGACCUCCAAGCCAUCACCACCAAAGAAAAUGGGCUGGAGGAGUCCCUGGGGCCUGGACAGCUGAACUUCUGACUACCACUGCAUCAGAGAGAUCUCCACUCACCAACAACUGGGGAGAAGGAUGGAAGCUCCUGUGGCUCUCUGAGUGAUGCCGGGAGCUGUUGCUGUCCCGUUCUAGCACGGGUGUCCCUCCUUCACACUGUGAGAUGGAAGCUGGGAGAGUUUCUUGCAUUCAGUGUCGUACAUGGGGCAAGUUAAGCAUGUUGUCAACAUCGCCUGCAGCUUUUGUUACCCUGCCCUUCUUCAGAAUAGAUCAGAGGCACCUGCAGACCUGGACAGGCAAGUUCUGGCUUUGUUUACUGUUCGAAAAUUACAGGUUGGGAGGAGCAGAACCCCUGAAGACCAGCAGCGAAGGGAUAUUUUUCCAUCUCUGACACAAGAGCUGGUCCUAUUUCUGUUCUCCAAGUACUGGGUUGAUAACAGUCCUCUCUUGAGCCAUCAUGCAGAGCAUCCUUCUGGGCAGGGGAUGGAAGAGGCCCUGCCACCCACAGCAGGGCCUUCGUUGAACCUCUCAGAAUGCAUUCAGGAUACUUUUUAACCGUUUUAAUCUUGGUUGGUUUUAAUCUGCUGUGUGUCCAUUUGUGUGUUGGUUUUGCAUUACUCCGAUCCGAGUGUCUUACUGUUGGGCAGAUGUCCUGUUCCCUGCCCAUACAUACAUACACACCCUUUCAGCAUCCCCCUUUCUGACUCCUGGGAAGCUGUGGCUGCUCUGAGUUGCACAGCCUCCCGAUGUAACAUGAAGGCAGAGUUUGCACUUGCAUCUGCUCCUUGCAGCAGCUGUGCAGGAGGCCAUUCUGUGGAGAGGAGCAGGGCCUGCACCUUUGCUGGUGUGUGCACGUUGUUUCCACAGACGUUCAGCUGACGGUGUCAUCUGCACGUUAGCAGUGGUUUGCAGUGGGCUUCCUAGUGUGGCUCUUCCAGGUCCCAGCCCAGUGUACUCCCCAAAUGCUUGCCUUAAUGUGUGAGGAAGGCAGGCUGUGUUAUGAACACAAACCCAGGUGACUUUAUGGUUUAGAUGUGAUUUGAAAGUGGCAUGACUUUAUUUCUGUUUCCCCUGGAGGAAGAAUUUUCUUUCCCUUGCCACUGGGGUUUGUUGUCAGAAGAAGGGUGAUGGUGCCAGCAAGGACUCUGUGCACAAAGAGUGGAGCACAUCUGUCUCCCACUUGCUGUCAUGCAGCUCUCCUGUGUACCCUGGAGGUGCAGCAGGGGCUGUAUAGCUACACAGGCUUUUGGGUUUGUCGUUGACUGUUAGACAAAUUGUGUCUGCUGUGGACAAUGGGCCUUCAGCCAGCCUUGACUGAAGGGAAGGGCAAAGGUCUAUAAUAGCACUUGGACACCCAAACAGCCCUUCUAGCAUCAUGAGAGCAAGUUCUGCUUUCUGGGCUGCUGGCACAGGCAGCACCUGCAGGACUGAGCAGCCCAUGGAUGUCACCGAGCGGCUUUCCACAGGGCAGGACUCCAGCAGGUGGGAAGUGGUGGCUGCACCCGAAAAGAGCUCGCUCAGACAUGGGAAAGCCAGUGAAAGCGAUUCAGAGGCAGCUCAGUAGUGACAGGAGUGACCUGUCCCUUCAGGGGAGCACUGACCCAGCUGAAAACUCUGCUUCUUCCCCAUCAGCCCAGCUGUGAGACAGGAGCUGCUGCGUCAAGGUCACUGCUCAUGCAGGAUCCCCCUUUCUUCCCAUCCUGGCAGUGGUCUGGGUAUUAGGGUGACAUUGUCUUUCACCCAUGCCUGCAAGAAGGCCCCAGCCACCAGCAGGCUCUUCUCUUUGGUGCUUACAAAGUCACAAAGAAAGCUGUCUGGGGGGUGGUGGGGAAAUCCAGCUGUUUGCAGCAGCCCUGAUGUUUUCUACCCGAAAGCGGGUAUGUGGUGCUGUGUCCUCUGAAAUAGCUGAUGGCUGGUCUCACCACAUCCCUGCCAUCUGUGGCAUGACUGUUCUUGGUGCCAUGCUUUCAUAAUUGCUGUUUUGUUGUCUUGAAUUUUUCUAAUGCUGGGGGUUCCCCAAGCAUCUCUAUAUAAAUGUACAGAAUAAACAUGUUUUAUUGA